AUGGAAAAAUAUUUAAUUCCAAUAUGGCUACAUGGUACGACGUGAGCUGUCAGCUGAAGUUUUGUUUCUUUGUAUUUGUACUUUUCUAAUGAUGUGAUUUUUAAUGUUUUCGUGAAUAUGGGUGUAAAAGACUCAAAACCUAGUUUUAUAUCCUACGAAGAUGCAACAAAACGAGUGUCUGAUAGUGAGUUAAGGCGUAUACGUGAGGCGUUUAAAAGAUGUGCUGGUGCAAACGGUACAGCUUUAAGUUUGGAUGCAUUUAUUCACGAAGUUCUUUGCGAUGGAGUUCCUCACGAAGUAGCAGAAUGGCUGUAUCAGGCCUGCGGAGGUACCAAACGGGGCAUUGCUUUCAAGGAUUUGCUAUGCGGCGUCGUAGUUCUUACAAAAGGAAAUAUAGAAGAAAAAAUUAAGUUCUUAUGGACUUUAUAUGUUAAUAAUCAGAGUGAGAAUGGUACAUAUAUUUAUAAAAAAGAUUUUGCGAGAGCAUUGCAUUUAGAAACUACUUCGUUACCCCAGACAAAUUUACCCAGAACUGGAGAGAUACUUACAAGUCUAUUUGGCACCGGGGAAAGGGUGACAUUUGAGCAGUUCAGGUCCUGGCUACUCAUUCAUAAAGAUGCUACAAUACUAUCCAAGUGGCUGUUGUAUGAUAGAGGGAACCAUGUCCAUGAUUUAGAAACUCCUACAUUUUAUCAAAGCUUAGCUGGAGUCACUCAUCUUGAGGAGAGAGAUAUAAUAGAGCUUGAAAAAUGCUUCUGGUCUCUACGUAACUCCACGACAACUGGCGAAUUAGAUGCAAAUAGUCUACAGUCCCUGUUGUCACCACCCCUUCCAAAAGCAGCAGUUACUGGCUUCUUCUUGGCCUUUGAUGAAAAUAAAGAUGGCCAUAUUGAUUUUAAAGAGUUAUGUUGUGGAUUGAGUGCAGCUUGCCGGGGACCACAGACUGAGAGGCUAAAAUUCUGCUUCAAAGUAUUCGACUUAGAUCGCGACGGAGUGCUCAACAAGAAAGAGUUGAUAGAUAUGGUGGGCGUCCUCUGUACAGUAGCCAAUGAAUCGAUAAAAAACCAAGGCUCGCGGGCCUCUACGCCUUCUGGAGAUUAUGAUGAGAAGGGCUUCGACCCGGAGACCAUUCUCCUGAACCUCAAAGAGAAGCUGGUGACAGUACCCAAGAAUGGAAAGAAGCCAAUGUUCCAGUUGGGUCCCACGUGCGAUGGGGAUAUUAUUAUGUUGGAUCAGGAAAAGGAUACCUCUAUGGAAGGUGGGUGUAUAGCAUCAGAUGUGGCGUUAGCUGGUGAAGACUUCCUCAUAUGGAGCGUGGAAAGUGCGCAGACGCUGGUGGGACCAUUCCUUGAACUCGUGUUUGAAUUGUGCCACAUCGUGCUGGGGUUACGGCCCCACUGCAAACACCACGAACGUGAUAUUGUUUUGGGUUGGCUUCGACGUGAGACCUGCAGAGGCCUCUCCGUGGGUCAGUUCUGGUACUUGGUAUCGGCCGAGUGGUGGAGCGCUUGGCUCCUCUACACCAGCGGACCGCCACAUUCCUGCUGCCGUAACACCCGUGCCAUCGACGACGCCAUCGUGUGUGACGAUAGCUUCACCACUAAUUCUACGGAGUCCAUGGGCUCCCUAAUGUGGCGAGCGGAGACGGCGUCCGUGUGCAGCGCGGGCAGCAGUAGCGGAGUCAGCAGCGCUCCUCCCCCUCCGCCUCACCGCGCUCAUCCGCAUCCCGGACACGUCGACAACUCCAGGCUGCUCGCUCCCAAUACUCUCAAGGUGCGCACGCUCACCGGCGAGGGCGGGCACUUGCGUCGCGACGUGACGCUGUCGCAGCACCGCGACUUCGAGCUGCUGCCGGACGCUCUCUGGCGCGCCGUGGCGCUUUGGUACGGAGGACCGGACCCCUUGCCCAGACAGGUGAUAAGGCCGGUAAACUCCGAUGUAGAAUUGGAGCUGUACCCGCUGCAGCUAAAGAUAUUGCGCCACGUGCCUCACUCGCAAAGAUCGACAGUGAGCAUGGGCGGCAUGGGCGCGGGCAGCAUCGGCGUGGGCGUGUACGGCCCGCCAGUCUCGCCCGCCCCGCCCGACAGGCACCUCGCCUACACCGCUGCCUUCUCCAGGCUGGCCACCGUCAGACAGGUGACAGAGUUCCUUUGCCAAGCGCUGGGAUUGGCACGCGAAGACGUCCGCCUGUGGUCUCUGUCGGGGGACGAAGGUUCCUUACUCUUGGACGACGAGAGACCGACCCUACAGGCCUUGGGGCUGGCGGAGAGGGCGCCUCUGUUGCUCGAGGUGCGCAACCCUGAUCUCACUUGGCCUGAGGAGAUUGGCGCUUUGAGUUCGUGUCGCGUGACCGAGCGGCGGGAGACCUUGACGGCUCCGGAGUUGCCCGGCGCCACGGGACUCCACAAUUUGGGGAACACUUGCUUCAUGAACGCGGCACUGCAGGCCGUGUGGAACACCGGUCCUCUGCGGCGCUACUUCAACUCGGGCCUGCAUCUGUACGAGGUGAACACUGCAAACCCUUUGGGGACGGGCGGGGCGCUGGCCGUCCGAUACGGAGAGCUCUGUAAAGAGGUGUGGAGCAGCGGAGCCCGUUCCGUGGCGCCUCUGCGCGUGCGCUGGUGCGUGUCCCGUUGGGCGCGGGCCCUGGCCGGAGGGGGACAGCACGACGCCCAGGAGCUGCUCGCCUGGCUUCUGGACGCCCUGCACGAGGACCUAAACAGAGCCACGGCCGCUCCCACUCCGGCCCCCACGCCCGACGCCACUCCCGCGCCUGAGAGGAGACCCGACGAGGCCAUCGCGGCCGAAGCAUGGCAGCAGUACGAGGAGAGGAACGCCUCCAUAAUGACCGACUUGUUUUACGGACAGCUCAAGUCUAGGGUUCGGUGCUCCGUGUGCGGUCGGGAGUCCGUGCGCUUCGACACCUUCAACAUGCUGAGCCUGCCUCUGCCCAUGGAGGCCUACGUGCGGGCCGAAGUCAAAGUUAUUCUAUUGGACGGCUCGGUACCCGUGAAGUACGGGAUGCGGAUAAACUCUGAAGGCACCUAUCUCGAUUUGAAGAAGUCUCUCUCGGAGCUGUGCGGUCUUCCGCCGGAAUCGAUGCUGCUGGUGCUGCUGGCCGGGAGUCGCAUCGGGCAGGUGCUGGAGGACGGCGGCAAGGUGAGCGCAGGUUCGGCCUGCGACAUCUACGCCUACGAGGUGCCUCCCGCGGCUCGAGCUCCCGCCGUGGACGCGCCUUUACUCGAGUCGAGCGCGGGCCCUUCGAGUGCGGAGGUGAGUGACGCGUCCCGUGCGGCGCCCUCCGGCCUCUGCAUGCCCGCACUCUUCUGCUUUAAGCGGUCGAGAUCGGAAAUUCUUAUGUCCCAGAGUCCGCCCGGUAUCGUUUACGGGGAGAGGCGGCCCAGCGAGUUGCGCAGUCGGACUCUGCCCCAACUCGGAGCUCCCGAGCUGCGGGACGGGCGCGAAACCCUGGGCGGCAAGUUUCCCUCCUCGCCGACCGAUAUGAACAAGAUGGGAGACGCGACCGAAGUCCCUUCGCAUACGCACUACCUUAUCGCGGUGCAUAGGAAGCAGUCCAGGUCGGAUGCGUACUUUUUACCCUGGCAGCGGAGUCGCGCAGCUCUGUUCGGCGUGCCCGUGGUGGUGGGCGUGCGGACGGGCGCGUGCGGUCGGGACGUGUACGCCGCGGUUUGGACGCAGCUCGCGCGACUCCUGUCCGCGCGACCGCCGGCCACGGACCGACAUAACCAUGCCACCGAUUGCGACGACAGCCUCGGCUACGAGUUCCCGUUCACGCUGCGCGUGGUGAACGCGGAAGGGGCGUGGUGCGCGCGCUGCGGCUGGCCCGCCCUCUGCCGCGGCUGCGCCCUGCCCUGCGACGACACACCCUUGAUGCUCGCUGACGUGCCCGCGGGCGUGAACGGGGAGACGCCCGCAGAGCGAUCGAGCCACGAGCGCACGUAUUGGAGCACCGCCGUCGACGAGAACAGCUCUCCCAUCGCGAGAGCCAAGCUUCACCGACAGGCCAGCGGCAGACUCGUCGCCAGACCUCACGAGGAGACGGAGAGCGAAGAGAACCCCUUCGAACUGAGCGGACGAGACUUCAGUCUUUUGGUCGGCGGCGGGAGGAGACACGUGAUGCUGGCCAUCGAUUGGGACCCCACCGCGCUGCAUCUGCGCUAUCAGACCACGCGAGAGAAGGCCUGCGCGGAGCACGCGUCGGUGGCGCAGUGCCGCGCGGCGGCCGGCAGCGCCGUGGACCUGGGAAGCUGCCUCGGCGCCUUCACCUCCGAGGAACGACUGGAGCAGCGCUACCAGUGCUCCAACUGCCGCACGGCGCAACCCGCCACCAAGAAGCUGCAGAUCUGGAGAGCCCCACCCGUGCUGAUCGUCCAUCUUAAGCGAUUCCAAUACGUCAACAACAAAUGGAUAAAGUCACAGAAAGUUGUAAAUUUUCCAUUCCACGAAUUCGAUCCAACGCCAUUCCUCGCGUCGGUGCCUCAGGAGACGAUCCUUCGACACAGGGAACUCGGUUUCAAGAGGAAAUCUUCUCUGCUGGUCGACGUCGAUGAUCCCAUUUCGGAGAGCGAGACCGAAGACGACAAAGAAGAGAGGGACAGAGGCAGAACGAGGUCCGAACGAAAGAAACGGGAACCGGUCGGCAGGAAGAGGUUAGAGUCGAGCAGCCUCAUGACAACGCCCGUGCUGGACGACAAUCUGGUGGACUACCACCGGCAUCACUUGGUGCCGGAACAGGAUCCCUUCGAUUUGAAGUAUAGGCUCUACGCCGUCGUGUCCCACACGGGCCAGCUGUCCGGCGGCCACUACGUGGCUUACGUCCGCCAUCCCAGCGGCACCUGGCUCUGCUACAACGACAGCUCGUGCCGCGAGCUGCCCCUGCCCCCCGGCGCCUCCUCGCCCCACGUGGACCCGGCCGCCGCCUAUCUCCUCUUCUACGAGAGGCACGGCCUCAACUACAACUCGUAUCUGCCGGACGUCGCCGAGCGACGACCCCUCGACGCCCCGGACGCGCUGGACCCUCAGGAGAACGAUCUGAGGAAGAUGUGUACGAUUGCAUAAUGGGAACUACACUGUGGACUUGUGCUUCGAUCAAAUUCAAAGGAUCCUCGGAUCCUUUUCAGAAUAAAUUUAAAAACAUAUUCCGAGGCCUAAACGUGUAUAAACGCUUAGCGGGUGAAAGUGUCCGGUGUCCGGUGUUCACUUCGAAGAAACCUGUUUCGUUUGUUAAAUUGUAGUCUGUGAUAAAUCCCAGUCGUGCAGCUAGAUGUCAAAAACCAAAUUUCAACAUUUCGACGUAGACGGACGUCGACGUCGGGGGAGUGUGCGAGGUGCCCCGCGUCAUUCCGCUCUCGCUUCGGGCUUAGCGCUGCUUUUACGAUUGUUUGUUUCGCUCGUGGCCUCCUCGAGAAUUUACUAAUGUUUCAAAUAAAUCAUUUAUAUAUUCAUAAUAACGGAAACUGCUCCCGACUAUUAUAAAUAAUGAAAAUAAGUUAAUGUAACUGUAAAAUGGAGAUAGUGACUUCUGUUUAUCUGUAUUCACCUAUACGUAAUAGUGAGGGCUAUUAGCGGUGCCAUUUAAUUGCUAAAUGCACGAUAAGUAUUAUAUUUUCGCAAAUUUUAUGAAUUGAACAAUUUAUUUAUAAGAACUAUCGAAACCCGUGUAUAUAAAUCCUCUGUUGGGUUUCUAUUAUAUUAUAAUUAUUAAUUAAUUUAGAAGGUACUCUAAGGCAUUAUUAUUCAAUUUUCAUUAUAUUAAACGUUGAAAUGCGAUACAUACGAUUCCUUAUCCGAAUUUAAUUUAUUAUCCUUGUGCAAUAAAAUUAUCAUUUUGUA